AUGGAGUUCUCAAGAAAAUUCCAUGCGAUCGAGGCGUUGAUCUCAGCCAUAUUUUUAUUGGGAUUCUUGGGUUCUAGUGUAGCAGAACGUCGAGCAGUCAGCCAUGCGACGAGUACCAUCAGCUUUCCGGCACUAAAUUGUCGUAAGCAUAAUGCGGUUUUGACAGAUUUUGGGGGGGUUGGUGAUGGCAAAACAUCCAACACGCAGGCGUUUAAAGCUGCCAUUGCGAAUCUCAGCCAGCUUGCCGCAGAUGGUGGUGCACAGCUUAUUGUGCCGCCAGGGAAAUGGCUAACUGGGAGCUUUAAUCUCACCAGUCAUUUUACACUUUUUGUCCAUAAGGAUGCUGUUAUUCUUGGAGCUCAGGAUGAAUCCGAGUGGCCUCUACUUCCUAUUCUGCCUUCUUACGGGAGGGGAAGAGAUGCUCCUGGUGGAAGGUUCAGCAGUCUUAUUUUUGGCACCAACCUUACUGAUGCGGUCAUUACAGGUAACAAUGGCACCAUUGAUGGCCAAGGUGCAUACUGGUGGAAGAAGUUCAAGGAGAACAAACUGACUGAAACCAGACCCUACUUGAUUGAGAUCAUGUAUUCCAAUCAGGUCCAGAUAUCGAAUCUGACAUUGGUUAACUCCCCAUCAUGGAAUGUUCAUCCCGUAUACAGCAGUGAUGUAAUAAUCCAACACUUAACCAUUCUUGCACCAGUUGAUUCUCCUAAUACAGAUGGAAUAGACCCAGAUUCAUGCACAAACACCAGAAUCGAAGACAGUUUUGUAGUCUCAGGAGAUGACUGCAUAGCUGUUAAAAGUGGCUGGGACCAAUACGGAACCAAAUUCAACAUGCCAACCAAGCACUUAGUAAUUAGAAGGUUCACCUGCAUUUCUCCUGACAGCGCCACCAUAGCCCUCGGAAGUGAGAUGUCUGGUGGAAUCCAAGAUGUAAGAGCUGAGGACAUUGCAGCAAUUAAUACUCAAUCUGGUGUGAGGAUUAAAACUGCCGUGGGAAGAGGAGCUUAUGUGAAAGACAUUUAUGUUAGGAGGAUGAAAAUGACUACAAUGAAGUACGUGUUCUGGAUGACAGGCUCUUAUGGCUCACAUCCAGACCCCGGCUUUGACCCAAGUGCAUUGCCUAUAAUCAAAGGAAUCAAUUACAAAGACAUAGUGGCUGAUAAUGUCACUUAUUCAGCAAGACUGGAAGGAAUUGAAAAGGAUCCUUUCACGGACAUUUGCAUUUCUAAUGUCAAUAUCAAACUGACUACAAAGCCAAAGGAGUUGCAAUGGAACUGCACUGAUGUUCAGGGAGUUUCCAACCGUGUUAUCCCUGAUCCAUGUAAUUUGUUGCCUGAGAAGGAAAUUGACUGUCCCUUCCCUGAAGAUAGGCUGCCCAUUGAAGAUGUCAAGCUGAAAACUUGUUCUGUCAGUUUGAGUUCUGAUAAUAGUUAUUUACUUUACUCUUAA